AUGUCCGCCGCGCCGGCAGCCGCGUCCCCGCCCCGCCGCGUGGUCAUCUGCGGCGGCGGCGUGGUGGGCGCGUGCACGGCCUACUUCCUCUCCACCCACGCCGCGUCCCCCACCGUCCCGACGCUCGUCGAGAAGUGCGCCCCGGCGUGCGCCGCCUCGGGGAAAGCCGGCGGCUUCCUGGCGCUCGACUGGUGCGACUCCACCCCGGCGCUCUCCAGGCUCGCGCGGGCCUCCUUCGCGCUCCACCGCCGCCUCGCCGACGCCCUCGGCGGCGCCGACGCGUACGGCUUCCGCCCCGUCCACACGCUCUCCGUCCUGCUGCCCACGCACCCCGGGCCCGCCCCCGCCUCGCCGCACCCGCGGCUCCCGCCCUGGGUCGACCCCUCCGCGUCCGCCGCCCCGCCGAGGGAGCUCGGGACCCCCGACACCACCGCGCAGUUCCACCCGGGCCUCUUCACCAAGGCCGUCCUCGCCGCGUCGGGCGCCGAGGUCGUCAUCGGCGAGGUGGAGCGCGUCGUGGCCCGGGACGGCCGCGUCGCCGGCGUCGUCGUGAAGGGGCGCGACGCCGUGGUGGACGCCGACGCCGUCGUGCUCGCGCUUGGCCCCUGGUCCGGCCGCCUCGAGGUCGUCCGCGAGGUGUUCGACGUGUCCGGGCUCAAGGCGCACAGCAUCGUGCUCCGGCCGCGCGAGCCCGAGAAGAUCACGCCGCACUGCCUCUUCCUCAGCUACCAGCCGGAGCCCGGCGCCAAGAUGCUUGACCCCGAGGUGUACCCGCGGCCCACCGGGGAGGUGUACAUAUGCGGGAUGAGCAAGGACGAGAACCCGCCGGAUGACCCAGCAACGAUAACAGGCGAGCCAGACUCGAUUGCAAUGCUGCAUAAGAUCGCAGGGAAAGUGUCCAGCCAGCUGAAGAAGGAAGAGGGCGCUGAGGUGGUGGCGGAGCAGGCGUGCUACCUGCCGUGCACCACCGACGGGCUGCCGGUCAUCGGGGAGAUACCGGGCGUGAAGGGGUGCUAUGUGGCUACCGGGCACAGCUGCUGGGGCAUCCUCAAUGGUCCAGCCACCGGUGCGGCCCUCGCGGAGCUCAUCCUCGAUGGCAAGUCUAAGAUCGUUGGCCUUGAUCCUUUCAGCCCGGCAAGGUUUCUCAAGAGAAGGAGCAGGCGUGGAGCCUGA